AUGUUAAACAGAGUGGCAAACCUUGGUUCGAGCUCACAAAUUCCCCGAGGUAAUAAUAAUCUAACUAAUGAGGGAAACUCAGAAAAGAAGAAAAGGUCAAUUUUUCGUACAUCUCGUUCAGCAUCGAAAUCGCGUCAAAACAUAUCAUCUGCUAUAUGGUAUAAUAGUAGUAGCAACAUUAGGAAUGAUUAUAGUGAUAAUAAAGACAAUAGCAAUCCUACAAAUCCAAUGGAAUUAUCCUGGGAACAAAUCAUUACAAACGAUGGCUUUAAAAAGCAUUUCCUUAAAGUGUUUUGUGAAAGAGUACGUAAAGGAGAUCACUUCAAAACGAUCAGAAUUAUUGGCUCAACAACGGCAGGAUCAAUUGUCAAAGAGUUAGUUGAAACUUAUUAUUCAAAAUAUGGAACACGUAAUGAUUUUUGUUUAUAUGAAAUUAUUGGACGUAUCCAACCAGUUUCAUCGCUUAAUUUAUCAUCUACACCAGUAUGGUCAUUCACUGAACGUAGUGCUCGUCAAAUAGAUUUAAAUGAAAAUAUUAUCUCAUUAUUACAAAACACCAGUCCAGGUUACGGAUUAUGCCGGAGAUUAGAACUUAGACCUGUCGAUAAUGGUUAUAAUACAACUGGAGCCAAGGAAAGUAGAAGUGUAAAUUGUUCACAGAUUAGUUUAAGAGAUUCCGUUUCAGUUUCUCAGACUACACUAAAUUCAUCAAGAUCUUGUACACCUGUAAAUGGGAUUACACUUUUCAAAGAUUCUCGUCGAGGUCGUACAUUUAGAGGAUUACAAAUUCCACAAGGACCCUAUUUUCUUUUGUUACGCGGUAACCAACCAAAUUGUGAUGUUCUUUUGCAUGAUAUUACCAAACUAAUCAUUGACAAUACAAUGCAAUCAUAUAUGACUAUUGGUUAUGGGAAACACGUUGAUAUUCGACUAUAUCCUACACCAUCUGAAAUAAAUUCAUCUGAGGAGGAUUGCAUUAUUGCCAAAGUUGUAGGUUAUAAUAUUGUGCUGGAAAUGUCAAAUAAUUCAUCCUCUAAGCAAAGUUUAGUAUUCCUUGAACCAUGGGAUCAGGGUAUUGAUCCUAAUGUUAACUCUAGUGGUAUGAUGAUGCCUAGAAGUUUACAUUCUAUCCAAAAUAAUAUUGAAAUUUAUGUUAAUGAUGACUUGGUCAAACCAUCUUAUGCAUUGACAUUCCAAAGACAACAACUUCGACCUGGUGAUCUCGUCUUUUUUGGGUCACGUAAACAUGGUUAUGUUUAUUUAUUUAAAGAUCCAAGGUGUAUACCUGAUCAUAAAUUGGAACUUCCAUUUACAAAAAAUGAUACUAGUGUUAUUAAUAACAUUGAAUUAAAUAGAAAUAUAAAAACAAAUGUAUCUGCAGAUAAUAAUAUCAUUUUAUGUUCAUCAGGGCACGACAGUUUCAAUGUUUAUUCUUCUGUACCCGGAGAUUUAAAACAAUUAAAGGCGAUCCCAGCAUUAAAUGAAUUGGAGUGGAUAAUUGAGCCAUUGUUGGUCCCUUUGAAACUUUCCGAUUCAGCAUCAUUAUCAAAUUCGAUAUCAACUUCUUUUAUGUCAUCAUCAAUUUCACAGAAACUAAUAAGUUUUGAUGCAUUAGGUACAUGGGAUAUCAAGACUGAUUCACUAUUAGAACCAUGGAGAUCAGCAUGUUUAUUGAGUUUAUUGAUUAGAGCUAUUGGAUUGACUAAAUUACGCAGUGAUAGUACUACUGUUACUAUUUCUUCAGCCACUACUACUAACAACAGUAUUGCUAAGAACAGCAUUAAUACUAAAAACCCAGAAUUUAAUACACUGAGAAAUAGUUCUAUUGAAGAUCUUUUUAAACAAAUCGUAUCAAUAUUAUCCAAUUACCAAAAACGUGCAGAGUUGACUGAAUCUGGUCGAUUAGUCUUCCAAUUCUGGCUUAGUUUAUUCUUCUACGACUUAGCUACCUACCUCACACCUAAUUGGCUUACGCACGAUAUCAAAUAUCCGUCAGCUGCGACAUCAGAUAUUACUUCCUCUCUGUUGUCACCACCGAUCACAAUCAAUUCAGAAAAUUGUCAUAAGAAUACUUUCAAAUCAGAGUCAUCUUUAAAUCAUUUAUUUGGUGAAUUAUUAGCUCCUGAAACAUUGGCAGAAAUCGGAGAAAUUAGAAAAUUAUCGUAUACAUUAGCUGAUCAAAUAAUUGAUCAAAUAAUUAAAGCGACGUGCCAUUCUAUUUCACCAUACAUUUCUGCUCUGUAUCAGUCUUCUGCACACGAUUCACCGCUUCAUUCACAAUCUGAGAGAACUCAAUUUACAUCAUCAUCUGAAUGGAUGAGUAGUCGAUCUGAAUUAUCCAAAUGGUUGGAUCGAUUAGCUUCAUGUUUCGAUGUAGCUUUCUAUCCAGCUGGCACACCAAUCUUUGUAUUAAAUGAUAAUGAAAACUUGUCUCUGACUUCUGGUUCACUACAUUCAUUUGCGAGCAAUAAAGGCCAAAAUGGUCCAUUAGCAACUAACAGAGCAUCUAGCAAACAACUACAAUAUCAUCAUCCUUAUCAACAAUCCAAUCAAUUAAUGACGAAUUUACAGCAUUUUCAAAAAAAGUCAGAAACUAGUGAUUUAAGUAUGUCAGGUGGUGAAUCAGAUAUGGAUAAUGACUAUUACUCAGGGAAUAAUAAACCAACACAUGUAAGAAAUCUCAAUGUACAAGAUGAUGAUGUAUUCUCAACAGAUUGUUCAAAACAAAAUACACUACAAUCUGUAGAUAAUAGCUUUGCACAGCAUUCAAUGAAUUCAACAAUGAAUCGUCUAGAGGCGGUAUUUUGGCGUCAAUUAUUAGCUAAUAUUUCUUAUGAAAUAUUAAAUGCCAUACUUUUCGCAGGUAGCGUUAAAAUUGAUUAUGAAACCGGAACAAACUUACUGAAUGGGAUCAACUGGUUAGACAAUUGGUUAAGAGUUCGUAGACUGGAUAAACAUAAACGUCCGUUGAAUAUUAUAUUUCAAGUUGCAAAUUUAUUAGCGACACCGAGAAAACAACUUCUAAUGAUGUCUUGGAAUGAAAUGAGAGAAACUCAUCCAAACAUUCCACCAGCUUUGUUACGAUAUUUAUUGGAAGAAUAUGAAGAAGGAUAUGGUGCACAGAAUACAAACAACUGGAGUAUUGAUGAAAAGGAUGCAGCAGUUGUAGAUGAAGAUCCUGCCGACUUGAUUGAAAUAGCACUAAAAGGAUGGAAAUCUAAAGAACGCUUAUCUCCUGGAAAAACAUGUGCUAAUCAAUCACCAGUUUACAGACCUAUGGAUCCGUAUGGUUUAUGUAAUCAAAGCCCUAUGCAACAGUGUAUUAAUCAGUUGGAUGGAAAAUUAGCUGCUAUCCAAUCACCAGUGAUUUACUUUCGAUGGCAAGAACUGAUGCGUGAAUUCCCUCCGCCACGAGUUAUUCCACAAAUUCAUGUAAAUCGUAAUCAUAACUUAACUCGAUCAACUAUACGAAAUAAGUUGGCAGUCGCAAAUCGCAAACGAUUACCAAUAAGAUCUAGUAAUGGUCGAAUGAGUACAUCGCCUUCAGUCAUGAAUCAAAGUACUGGCCUAGAAAAUUCAGAAUUUUUAUCUUUACCAAAUAAAACACAAACAAGUCAAUUUGACAACUCACUGAGAUCAAUCGAACAAACAUCGAAAUUUUCCAAUGAUAUGAAACCGAAACCAUCGAGUGGUGAACCAGUAUGGUGUGGAAAUCAUUCUUCAGGAACGGGAAACCCACAAAUUGCUAGUAUGAAUAGUACUCAAAAGGCAUUAUACUAUCUCAAAGGCUUGGCUGCUUCAAUUGGUGGCAUAGAUUUAAUUGCAAAUGCUAACGGUGAUCAAGAUCUUUUAUCCCCUGAUUCGAAAUAUUUGAAUAAUCCUGAAAUCAGAAGUAAAGCUAAUUACUAUCAACAAGAAAAUAUUUACCACAGUCAAGUGUUCAACCGAAAAGUUAUCAGUCCUCAAUGGUCAAAUCAAAUGUUAGAGACUAACAGGACUGAAACUCCAGUAAAUCCUUGGUAUCUCGAUCCACGCCUUCAAGUUCAAAAUGGUUUAUCACAAAGCUUAGGAGAUUUUAGCAAUGGUUUCAGACCCCCUUCAAACGCUCCAUCGCUAAGUCGUCUGAAUGUAGAUCAGCUGAAUGAAACAGCCAAUGAUUGGAAGCAAUAUCGAAUGUCAUUACUUGGUCAAGGAUUAGACAAAAUCAGAACUUCGAAAGCAGGAUCUAGAUCAGUUACUCCGAGAUUAAUACCUAAUCGUAAUGUGAGCAGUAGCAUGUCGAAUUUGCCAACAAAUCAGUAUAAAAUUCCCGAUAUGGUUAUUCAUGAGGCAACAGAUAAUAUAUCCGAAAUUGUUAGUGAAUUAGAUCGAGGCAGAGAUACAGACUCUGAUGCUAUGAGUUCCGUUAAUUUAUUGGAUAUGAAUCCAGAACGAGUACUGAGUGAUGUAUUGACGCGUAGUAGUUUAGGAAGUGCUAUUUCUAACGUAACACUUUGCAAAGAACCAAAUUCUGGUUUCGGUUUAGUACUAGUUGAUGGUGAGCGUACCAGCCUUGAUCAACCAGGUAUAUUCGUCAAGUCAGUUGCUCCCAACAGUGUGGCUGAAAUGAAUGGAACAUUUAGAUUAGGCGAUCGCAUUUUAGCCAUAAACGGACGUGAUCUAACAAGCAUGACGUAUAAAGAUGCUUUAGCUCUGUUACGACAAUGUGUCAAUCAAACAACUUUCACUGUUCUCCGUUGUAAUCUUCCUGAACCGGAAGCUUUGUUGAAGCGAAAAGAGAUUUGA